AUGAAGAUGUAUUAUCUAAAAAUGUUAUUGUUUACCUUUUUAAUAAAUACAUUAAUAUUACCACAUUAUGAGAAUUAUCUAAAUAAUGAUUAUAAUGUAAGUUUCAUUCAAAACAAGACCAAAAGAGCAACGAUAAAAUCAAGACUUUUAGCACAAACCCAAAUCCAUAAUCCGCAUUAUCAUAAUGAUCCAGAACUCAAAGAAAUAAUUGAUAAAAUGAACGAGGAAGCAAUCAAAAAAUACCAGGAAACUCAUGAUCCAUAUAAACAAUUGAAAGAAGUAGUAGAAAAAAACGGAACAAAAUAUACAGGUGGUAAUGAUGCAGAACCAAUGUCAACGCUAGAAAAAGAAUUAUUGGAAACAUAUGAAGAAAUUUUUGGUAACGAAAGUGAUAUGUUGAAGUCGGGUAUGAGUCCAAAUGUUGAUGAAAAAUCUUCAACAUGUGAAUGUACUGACAUUAAUAAUAUAAAACUAGGAAAAACAAAAGGAAGAGAUAAGUAUUUAAAACACCUAAAACACAGAUGUAUAGGGGGAAUAUGUUCUUGCACACUAGGUAGUGCACUCUUAGCAUAUAUAGGUACGGUAGCUGCAAAAGUUGCUGUCAUUGGUUCAUUUGGAGAUACGGUUAAGAAUUGCAUAUCCUCUAUUUCUAUAUUGCAUAUGCUUACUUAUGAUUCUAUGAAUUUAGCUAUGCAAUCAGUUAAUGCAGCAGGCUCUGUAACUUGUGUUUCUGAUUUAGCAGGAGCUACAGGUACUGCUUAUGCAAUUUUCGUUCCUUGUGGUAUUACAGCUUUGGUUCUACUUAUAUUAGCUGUUGUACUUAUAAUAAUAUAUAUAUGGUUAUAUAGAAGAAGAAAAAGAUCAUGGAAACAUGAAUGCAAGAAACAUUUAUGUAAGUAA